AUUCGUUACUAAUGCCGACUGUGUACUAAACAUUAGAUCGUUUAUUUCAUUGUGUUUUUGAAAUGUUUAAAAAUACGUUCCAGAGUGGAUUCUUGUCCAUUCUCUACAGCAUUGGUAGUAAACCUCUUCAGAUAUGGGAUAAAAAAGUUAGGAAUGGACACAUCAAAAGAAUAACCGACAACGAUAUACAAUCACUGGUACUGGAAAUUGUUGGAACAAAUGUUAGCACAGCGUACCUUACAUGUCCAGCAGACCCUAAGAAAACUCUUGGAAUAAAGUUACCAUUCCUCGUUAUGAUUAUCAAAAAUCUGAAGAAGUAUUUUACAUUUGAAGUUCAGGUAUUGGAUGACAAAAAUGUGCGUAGAAGGUUCAGAGCAAGCAACUAUCAAUCGACAACUAGAGUGAAGCCUUUCAUUUGUACUAUGCCAAUGAGGUUAGAUGAUGGCUGGAAUCAAAUUCAGUUCAAUCUUGCCGAUUUUACUCGCCGGGCUUAUGGUACCAACUACGUUGAAACUCUCAGAGUUCAAAUUCAUGCUAAUUGUAGGAUACGAAGGGUAUAUUUCUCGGACAGACUAUAUGCAGAAGAUGAAUUACCAGCUGAAUUUAAAUUAUUCCUACCAAUUCAAAAUAAGGCUAAGUAGUUAAAGGUGACAUUAGUUUUAUACUAUACAAGUGCCUACUCAGAAGACUAAUCAUUUAAAUGAUUAAUUUUUAAUAAGAGAAAAAGUCUAUGUAAAGUUGUACUGUGUACAACUAUAUUCUUCAUGUAAAAGUACAAUUAUAAUUCCAUAAAACUGGAGAAUUUUACACCUUGAGGAGUAAUAUUACUUCAAAAGCAAUUCCCAAGUGAGUCUACUCCAUUAGUUUUUACUUAUUCUAGUUUUAAAUUAAUAUUACUUCCAAGGUAUAAAACCUCAUUUUACGGUUCUAUGGCAAUAUCUCCAAUUGCCAUAUUGUAACUAGUCCAUUAAAAAUUAGAUUUAAGUAAUGGACAUAAUUUAUUUGAUUUACUUCAAAG